AUGAUAAGGUUACUGGGCUACCAAGGUGUGCUUGCAGAGGUGUGCUUGCUCUUUGUGUACCAGGGGGAGAAAGAUCCGGUGACACCGGUCAUCCUCUCCCUGGUCAUCCUGUGCACGGCUGCCCUGCAGUGUUAUACAGAACUGCAAGCAGAAUCCUCCAUGGAGGCGCUGCGCAACCUGCAGGUGGCCGAGCUCGUGCGAACCCUCCGCAUCUCGGACGAUGGACAGCGGCUAGACCAGAACCUGCCGCCUACGGAGCUCGUCGCUGGCGACAUUAUUUUACUUGAGCCAGGCCAGCGAGUGCCUGCGGAUGUGCGAAUUAUCCACUGCAGCAGCAGCACGGAGGUCGACAACGCAGCGCUGACCGGUGAGACGAUUCCCGAGCCUCGUACUGCCAGCCCUGAGCCGUCGACGGUGCCUGCCAUGGAGGCUCGAUGCCUGGCCUUCUUCGGCACGUCCGUCCUGAAGGGCACUGCAACCUGCGUCGUCCACGCCACUGGUGAUGGUACGUUCCUAGGUCAAAUCGCGAACACCAUGAAGAAAGGCUCCCCGCGCUCGUCACUCGAGGUGCAGAUGGAGAGCUUCGUGCACCUCAUCGCGAAGGUUGCUGGCGGAGUUGCCCUUUGCGUGCUCCUGGCCAACCUCCUGGCACCCAAGCUUCGAACUGCUCCGGAGAUUCUGGAGAACUGCGCCACUGCGUUGUUUACUCAGGUGCCAGAGGGACUGCUGCCCACGGUCACGUUUUCUCUGAUGAUCGCAUCUUCCAGGAUGUCCAGGCAGCAGGUCAUCGUGAAGAAGCUUGAUGCCAUCGAGUCUCUUGGGUGUGCCUCCGUCUUCUGCUCCGAUAAAACGGGAACUUUGACGACUGGUGAGAUGACCGUGCAACAUGUUCUCGUGCCUGAUGCGGCUGGAGCUUCACUCUUCGGCGCGCUCCAGUUGCAGGCUGAGGUUGUUCGAGGCGACCUGCGCCUGCAGCAGCUUGCGGCUGCCGCGCUCACGAACAACAGCGUGCAGGCUGGAGCUGGAGGUGCUGAGGUAGUCGGAUCUCCCACUGAAGUGGCCAUCUGCCGAGCCGCAGCCUCCAUGCUGGGCAAGCCAGCAAGAGAGGCAGUGAAGUUUGCUGCUCGGGAGGAUGUGGUCUUCGAGAUCCCCUUCAACUCGGAGAACAAGUGGAUGCUAACUGUGCACAGACUUCGAGAGGACUCUUCCUUCGAAGUCAUCGUGAAGGGUGCACCAGAAAGGGUGCUUCAACUGUGCAAGGCCAAUGAGAAGAUUUCUGGCGAGCUGCGCGCUCUCAUGGACAAGGGGCUCCGUGUGCUUGCCCUGGCAGCGCGGAGACUGGCCCCCCAGGAUGUUCCCCCAAAAGCAGAGUUUCAAGGGGCCUGCUUUAACACCUGCAACUUCCCUGUUCAAGACUGCGACUUCCUGGGCUUCUUUGCGAUGGAGGACCCACCGCGGCCGGGAGUCAGCGAGGCGGUCCAGAAGUCCCAGGCUGCGGGCGUCAAGGUGGUCAUGGUCACCGGGGAUCAUGGCGACACUGCCAAGGCCAUCGCCCUGCGGCUCAACAUCCUUGCAAGGGUGGCGAAGCCGUCGCGCGAGGGCGAGCGCUUCCAGGUGCUGCAUGGAACGGAGUUGGAUCAACACCUGCCACCGGACGACAGCUUCGUGAACCUCGACCCAGGUUCCAAGGAGUUCUGGCGUCAAGCGGUUCUGCACACGAGGGUCUUUGCCCGCGUGUCGCCACUGCACAAACGCGUCAUAGUCCAGGCAUACCAGCAAUUCGGCCAGCAGGGUUUCGGGGAUGUGGUUGCCAUGACCGGAGAUGGUGUCAAUGACGCGCCAGCUUUGAAGCAGGCGGAGGUGGGAAUUGCCAUGGGGAUCCGGGGGACGUCCGUGGCCCAGGACGCUGCCGACAUUAUUCUCCUGGACGACAACUUCUCUUCCGCAAUUGCCGGGAUGGAGCAGGGUCGGCUGGCCAGCGAGAACUUGCAGAAGUCGAUCAUGUACACACUUUGCUCGAAGGUGCCGCAAGUCUUGCCCGCCUUUCUUGAAGUCUUUGGGCUGCCCGAAGCACUGGCAGCGGUACAGGUGCUGCUCAUCGACAUUGGCACUGAUAUUUGGACUGCGGUGGCCUUUGCAGCUCAGGGCCCGGAAACCUCGCUGAUGAACCGACCGCCGCGCCAUCCCCGACUGGAGCGCAUGAUGAGCCCGAAGAUCCUUUUGUACAGCUAUGGCUACAUCGGUGUGCUGCAAGCCAUAUUUUGCUGGCUGAUGUACUUCCUGGCCACUCCAGAUAUCGGCAGCUUGAUACGGACACAUGAUGCCUUAGAAGACUACACGGAAGAGGAGAAGGUUCUUGAGAAGCGGGGUAUGACCGUGUACUACUGGACGCUGGUUCUGGGACAAGUAGCGGCUGCCCUCGCCUCCACCACCAAGCGGCAGCCACUUUUCGGCUCAGGUGGCUAUGGGUUCCCAAACCAAACGUUAAACAUCACCCUCUGCUGCGAAGUGGUGCUGAGCCUUGUGGUGAUGCACAACUCCAUCCUGAUGACGGCUUUCGAGAUGGAGAGCUUGCCCUACUGGCCCUCUUUGAUGCUGCCGGUGGUGGCUCUGUUCGGCAUUCUGGGUGCAGAGGAGUUGCGAAAGCGCUUCGGCUUGGGUUUCUCUUUCCUGCAGUUGUAG